AUGAGCACCAAAUCACCAACUCCGUCCUCGUCUCCGACGGAGCAGAAGGGCCACGCGUCAGAAUACGCCCAAGAAAUGAAAAAUCCAGAACUCGACGUCUUGUCACUUUCACGUGCGGUCAGAGAAAGGAAAGCCGAGUACACCCGCCGGCGAUCUAUCCGAGUCAAGGUCGGCACGUGGAACGUAGCCGGCAUCUCCGGCACCGAGAAGGACGUUGGAAAGUGGUUUGUUCAAGGAGGCGGGGUGUGCGAGAGGUUCUCUGGGGCGAACUAUGCACAGGAUCCAGAACCUCAAUCGUCCAGCAAGCAUGACCAGCAGAAACCAGACGGCACCAAAAAAGGAACCUUUCACUACAGUUCCGAAGAGAUAGACCUCUACGUCUUAGGUUUGCAAGAAGUGGUCGAUAUAUCUUCCCCGACGGAAGCUCUGCGACCAUAUGUCGACCUGGCACCGUCCAAGCGGUGGAAGGAAGCAGUCCAAAACGCGCUACCCCAAGGAUAUCAGUUAGUCGCUGAAGUCCAACUGGUUGGCUUGUUGCUUCUGAUAUAUGCAUCGCCCGCAAUUGGAGCCAGCAUUUCUUCUGUCAGUAGUACCUCUGUUGGUACCGGGCUGAUGGGGUACAUGGGAAACAAGGGCGCCGUGGCAACGCGCCUUGUCCUGGGCGAAACGACCCGUUUAGUCUUUAUCAACUGUCAUCUCGCGGCAGGGUCCGACAAAGCCAGCUUGGAGCGACGCAACUGGGACUCUUCUCAAAUUGUCCAGCGUGCUAAGUUUGACCCAGUUUGGACCGAGACUGACGAGUCGGGCGAAUCGGGCGAAGCAAUUGGAAAUGAAGAUUUCACUUUCUGGUUUGGUGACCUCAACUACCGCCUUGAUGAUAUCUCUGGUGACGACGUGCGCCAAGUCCUCGCUCGGCAUACUGCCAAUGAGUACGACAAAGAGCGCCAUGCAAAGAAGUCAUCAAGCCAUUCCGAGGACUCUCCGACCGAUUCUGGCAACCCAUCGCCUUGUUCUUCUCCCCCCGAAGAAGAGUUGACGAAGGUAGCCACCGAACCUGUCAAUGACGAAGAGAUCGAUCCUCAUAAUGACCCAGCGUCUCUUCAAACUACAAUUUCCUCACUCCUCCCACACGAUCAACUUGGACUUCAACGGAGAAAAGGAGCAGCUUUUCACAAGGGUUGGCGGGAAGGCCACAUCACAUUCUUGCCGACGUACAAAUAUGAUGUCGGGAGUGUGGCCAUGUUUGAUACGAGCGAGAAGCAACGAGGUCCUAGCUGGUGUGAUCGGAUUCUCUUUCGCACUCGCCGGGAUAAGCUGAGACAUGAAAAGCUCGACGAGGAAGCGGAGGUGGCCCGAAAGAAGGACGAGGAGAUGAAGGCUAGCGGGCUGGACAAGGCUGUUGCCGAUGAUAAUAUCUUGUUUGAAUAUGACCCUGACGCAGACGGUGCAGACAGCGAGGAGUACAAAUCAGACGAAGAUCAAGCCGAUGAUGAUGCAGUCACAGUUGCGUCGUUGGACUCUUCCCACGAUCCAAUUCAUUUGGACCGUUACGUGGCAUAUCAAGGCAUCCUUUCGUCGGACCACAAGCCUCUGGGUGCGAUCUUUACCCUGAGUUUCGAUGCAGUCAAUCGCGAACUCAAAGCAAAAGUUCAUCAAGAAGUGGCCCGUGAAUUGGACAAGGCCGAGAACGAAGCUCGACCCGAUCUCACUGUUGUGGUGGAUAAAUAUGGCGACCAAAAGCAUUCAGAGAAAGAUCCUGACGCCAUCGAAUUCGGCGAUAUUGCCUUCGAUGUGCCAGCUCAGCGGUCGCUAACGAUUGCCAACACUAGCGGCACCGCAGCCACUUUUUCAUUUGCAGAGCGGCAUAAUGUGGACGACGAGACCAUUGCACAAGCACCAUCGUGGCUUGUUAUCCACGUCUCCAAGCCUGGAGAAACGGCCCAUGAAACUGGCCAGGCGAUGACUUCCUCGCCUGGGAACCAUACUCUGCUCCCUGGAGAAGUAGCAAAUGUCGAUGUCACAGCUUACGUGCGCAGCAUCGAGCUCGUCCGGUUGCUUAAUAUUGGAAAGGUCAAACUGGAAGACAUCCUGGUCCUUCAUGUCGAUGGCGGCCGCGACCACUUUGUCUCUGUUCACGGCCGUUGGCUACCCACCUGCUUCGGUUGCAGUAUCGACGAGUUGACUCGCAUGCCAGAAGCAGGUGCUCGUAGUUUGGCCGAAUCAGACACCCCUCAUCCAUCCAGCACGGAUGGUUCCGCGGAAAUUCGCAUGUCCGCACCCCGCGAGCUUUUCCGACUGACUGAGGCGAUCUCCGAGCUGACAGAGCGCGCUGUUGCGGAGUGGAGCAUGACAAAUGGCGAAUCCGAGGAGCACAAAGCCCCAUGGGCAACGGAUCUAUCCGGGGGAGCAUGGCCCUUCCAGCCUGAUACGUGGACUCUAAAGGACCCACAGGAGCGUGCUGUGCUGCAAACUUCCGCGCGUGAAGCCCUUGACACCAACAAGUCCCUUGGCUCAAUCUUUACCCCCGAAGUAUCCUCUCUCCACCGGCUAGAGGUCCUAUCUGAAACCCUCCUCACUUUCCUCAACGCUCUCCAAGACGGCAUUGUCACGGCGAAAGUAUGGCAAGACAUGGAGCAGCAAAUAAUCGCGCGCGAGAAGAGCAAAGCACCUCCUCGAAACUGGGAAGAAACCCAGGCCUGGGUGCUUGAGCACCUAUCAUACUCACCAGCACAUAGCGUAUCAUUCACGUUUGUCACUUUCAUGCUCGCCCGUAUCGCCAAUGAAGUGGCCCCAGUAACCUCCGCUGCCCCGAUGGUCCCAUUAACCAGACAAGGAAAGCGCGAACCCGAGGAGCCGGCAGAUAGGCAACCUGAAAUUACAGGCUCGGAUCAAGCUCAAUCUCCUACUCCAGCUUCCGCUAGUGCCUUCAUAACAAGCGGCAGUUUCCGCCGCAAGAACCGCUCUACGGACACAUCCACUAGCACCAGCCCUGAGCCGACGAGCCAGAACCCGUCGGUAGCACGCCGACAAGCAGUUGAGGCUGCUUUAGCAUCUAUAUUUUCACGCGUCCUUAUUUCUGCCUCUGCUCCACUGCCACCCAAGGAGAAAGACCGCCGUAUAACUGAAGAGCGAAGGCGAUCAAUCAUUGAGCCAUUCUUAAAAAUGGUUGCGGUGGAUGAUCGAGGCCCAUCUGGGGGUCGGUCUUGA